AUGGCGGUGAAGACGACGUAUGGAUCGGCAAAAUCUUGUACAGCAAAUGUAUUUGAACCAGAAUGUACCAAUGUGCGGCUUGCUUGGGCUAAGACCAAUACUCUGGUCGCCACAAUCACAUCCUAUUUCAACGGGGAGCACACCAUCCGGGAGCAGAAGAUAGCAUUCUUUCACGAUUUCAGAAACACUACGAGAGCAAGGUAA